GAUUAAUACCCUGAAUCUGGAAUUGACACACACAAGAUGGGGCUCCAGUGCACUAGCAUUCAGCCACCAGCAACUGAGAUUUAUGCCCGGAACCCUGACAGCCUUGGGAUUGAAUUAAGGGAGGGUUUAAGACAACUGCACACUGGAACUGCGUCCUCCGUGAAGCGUCCAGGUUAGGACAAGAGCCUAGGACCGACCUUGGUGCACAGGGAUCCAAGCUGACGCCCUCCCCACCCUGGACCAUUCCACUGUGCUGCGCGUUGAGGGUGAGCAGCAGGGUGGUUGCGCCCGGCGCCGCCACCGCCACCGCCACCGCGCCAAGCGCUCCCGCAGGAUGGCGCGGGCCAAACUGCCGCGCUCUCCGUCCGAGGGCAAGGCGGGUCCGGGGGACACCCAAGCUGGCGCUGCAGCCCCUGAGGAGCCGCACGGGCUCAGCCCGCUGCUGCCGGCCCGCGGCGGGGGCUCCGUGGGCAGCGACGUGGGCCAGAGGCAUCAUGUGGAAGAUUUCAGCCUGGACUCUUCCCUUUCUCAGGUCCAGGUGGAGUUCUAUGUCAAUGAGAACACCUUCAAAGAGCGGCUCAAGCUGUUCUUCAUCAAAAACCAAAGAUCCAGCCUGAGGAUCCGGCUGUUCAACUUCUCCCUCAAGCUCCUCACCUGCCUGCUGUAUAUCGUCCGUGUCCUGCUUGACAACCCAGACCAGGGCAUCGGAUGCUGGGGCUGCACGAAGUAUAACUACACAUUCAAUGGCUCAUCCUCCGAGUUCCACUGGGCUCCCAUUCUGUGGGUGGAGAGGAAGAUGGCUCUGUGGGUGACCCAGGUCAUUGUGGCCACAAUAAGCUUCUUAGAGACCAUGCUCCUCAUUUACCUCAGCUACAAAGGCAACAUCUGGGAGCAAAUCUUCCAUGUGUCUUUCGUCUUGGAGAUGAUCAACACACUGCCCUUCAUCAUCACGGUCUUCUGGCCACCUCUUCGGAACCUGUUCAUCCCUGUGUUUCUCAACUGCUGGCUGGCCAAGCAUGCACUGGAGAACAUGAUCAAUGACUUCCACCGUGCCAUCCUGCGCACACAGUCAGCCAUGUUCAACCAGGUGCUCAUCCUCUUCUGCACCCUGCUAUGCCUUGUCUUCACAGGGACCUGUGGGAUCCAGCACCUGGAAAGGGCAGGUGGGAACUUGAACCUGCUGACGUCCUUCUACUUCUGCAUCGUCACUUUCUCAACUGUGGGCUUCGGUGAUGUAACACCCAAGAUCUGGCCCUCCCAGCUCCUGGUGGUCAUCCUGAUAUGUGUGACCCUUGUGGUACUCCCACUGCAGUUCGAAGAGCUUGUCUACCUCUGGAUGGAGCGGCAGAAGUCAGGGGGCAACUACAGCCGCCACCGAGCACAGACAGAGAAGCAUGUGGUUCUGUGCGUGAGCUCCCUCAAGAUUGACCUCCUCAUGGAUUUUCUGAAUGAGUUCUAUGCCCACCCCCGGCUCCAGGACUACUACGUGGUCAUCUUGUGUCCCUCCGAAAUGGAUGUCCAGGUGCGGAGGGUACUGCAGAUUCCCCUGUGGUCCCAGCGGGUCAUCUACCUCCAGGGCUCUGCCCUCAAGGACCAGGACCUCAUGCGAGCCAAGAUGGACAAUGGAGAGGCCUGCUUUAUCCUCAGCAGCAGGAAUGAGGUGGACCGCACAGCUGCGGAUCACCAGACCAUCCUUCGAGCCUGGGCUGUGAAAGACUUUGCCCCCAACUGUCCCCUCUACGUCCAGAUCCUCAAGCCUGAAAACAAGUUUCACGUCAAAUUUGCGGACCAUGUGGUGUGCGAGGAGGAGUGCAAGUACGCCAUGCUGGCCCUGAACUGCAUCUGCCCGGCCACCUCCACCCUCAUCACCCUUCUGGUGCACACAUCCCGUGGCCAGGAAGGACAGGAAUCGCCAGAGCAGUGGCAGCGCAUGUAUGGGCGCUGCUCGGGCAAUGAAGUAUACCACAUUCGCAUGGGUGAAAGCAAAUUCUUCCGGGAGUACGAAGGCAAGAGCUUCACCUACGCAGCCUUUCACGCACACAAGAAGUAUGGUGUGUGCCUCAUUGGGCUGAAGCGUGAGGAGAACAAGAGUAUCUUGCUGAACCCGGGGCCACGGCACAUCCUGGCUGCCUCUGACACCUGCUUCUACAUCAACAUUACCAAGGAGGAGAACUCAGCCUUCAUCUUCAAGCAGGAGGAGAAGCAGAAGAGGCGGGGUCUUGCAGGGCAGGCCCUUUACGAGGGGCCUUCCCGGCUCCCAGUGCAUAGCAUCAUCGCCUCUAUGGGGACAGUGGCCAUGGACCUGCAGAACACAGAUUGCCGGCCCUCCCAGGGUGGCAGUGGUGGAGGCAGCAGCAAGCUGGCUCUGCCCACGGAGAACGGCUCCGGUAGUCGGCGCCCCAGCAUUGCACCUGUUCUAGAGCUGGCGGACAGCUCAGCCCUGUUGCCCUGCGACCUCCUGAGUGACCAGUCAGAAGACGAGGUGACACCCUCAGACGACGAGGGGCUCUCUGUGAUUGAGUAUGUGAAGGGCUACCCCCCCAACUCACCCUACAUUGGCAGCUCCCCAACCUUGUGCCACCUUCUGCCUGUGAAAGCCCCCUUCUGCUGCCUGCGACUGGACAAGGGCUGCAAACACAACAGCUAUGAGGAUGCCAAGGCCUACGGGUUCAAGAACAAGCUGAUUAUCGUCUCUGCUGAGACAGCCGGCAAUGGGCUCUACAACUUCAUUGUGCCUCUGCGAGCCUACUAUCGGUCCCGCCGGGAGCUCAACCCCAUCGUGCUGCUGCUUGACAACAAGCCUGACCAUCACUUCCUGGAGGCCAUCUGUUGCUUCCCUAUGGUCUACUACAUGGAGGGCUCCGUGGACAACCUGGAUAGCCUGCUGCAGUGUGGCAUCAUCUAUGCUGACAAUCUGGUGGUGGUGGACAAGGAAAGCACCAUGAGUGCUGAAGAGGACUACAUGGCAGACGCCAAGACCAUUGUCAAUGUGCAGACCAUGUUCCGGCUUUUCCCCAGUCUCAGUAUUACCACGGAGCUCACACACCCUUCCAACAUGCGGUUCAUGCAGUUCCGUGCCAAGGACAGCUACUCUCUGGCUCUUUCCAAACUGGAGAAGCAAGAACGGGAGAAUGGCUCCAACCUGGCCUUCAUGUUCCGCCUGCCAUUUGCUGCUGGCCGAGUGUUUAGUAUCAGCAUGUUGGAUACACUGCUCUACCAGGUGGCUUCUGCGUGUGCUGAGGCUGGAGCAUCUGCCUCACGUGGCCCUGCUGCCCCACAGUCCUUCGUGAAGGACUACAUGAUCACCAUCACCAGGCUGCUGUUGGGCCUUGACACUACCCCAGGCUCUGGCUACCUCUGUGCUAUGAAGGUAACUGAGGAUGACCUAUGGAUCCGCACUUAUGGCCGACUCUUCCAGAAGCUCUGCUCCUCCAGUGCUGAGAUCCCCAUCGGAAUCUACAGGACUGAGUGCCACGUCUUCUCUGCUGAGCCCCACGACCUCAGAGCCCAGUCCCAGAUCUCAGUGAACAUGGAGGACUUCGAGGAUACUCGGGAUGCCAAGGGACCCUGGGGCACACGGGCUGCAUCUGGCAGUGGCAGCACCCAUGGCCGCCAUGGGGCCAGUGUUGACCCAGCGGAGCACCCACUACUGCGCCGCAAGAGCCUGCAGUGGGCCCGCAAGCUGAGUCGCAAGAGCAGCAAGCAGGCAGGGAAGGCACCUGCGGCCACGGAGUGGAUCACCCAGCAGCGGCUCAGCCUGUCCCGGCGCUCGGAACGCCAGGAGCUCUCGGAGCUGGUCAAGAACCGAAUGAAGCACCUGGGGCUGCCCACCACUGGCUAUGAGGACGUAGCAAAUUUAACAGCCAGUGAUGUGAUGAAUCGGGUAAACCUGGGAUAUUUGCAAGAUGAGAUGAACGAUCAUCACCAGAAUACCCUUUCCUACGUACUCAUCAACCCCCCACCAGACACAAGGCUGGAGCCCAACGAUAUUGUGUACCUCAUCCGUUCCGACCCCCUGGCCCACGUGUCCAGCAGCUCCCAGAGUCGCAAGAGCAGCUGCAGCAACAAGCUCUCAUCCUGUAAUCCUGAGACCCGGGAUGAGACACAGCUCUGAGCAGUGGGAAGGCCAUGCUGGGGCAGACAGGUGGACACGGAACACAAGAGGGAACACCGUCACACCCUAGCCUGGCCCACACAGGCUGCACUAUGACUAUAUAGUGGCUCUAGGGCUUGCCCCCAGAAAGGAAAUCUUCUCAGUGGGGCCAGUAGUGAGACCACUGGACCACCCUGAAAGCUGGCAGGGAGCACUUUUUAACCUAUUUUUACAAAUCUGUUUGAUUUACGUCUCUUUCCACAGCUGUACCACAACUCGUGACUGGGUUCAGGCCAAAGUGUGAGGCAAGCAAAGGACAGAACAGGGACUGGACACUGCCCCAGAGCCCACCACCGUGCAUGGCUUCACUCAGUAACUUCUGCAGGGGCGCUGGGGCCAUAGGAGAAGGAAAGACCUGGAACUGGGGGUCCUCUUGCAGUGUGUUCUCUAGCCACACAACAUGCUGUUCUGAUCAGAGCUGCUACAUGGCUCUGGGACUACACCAGGGCCUAUGGGUUGCCUCUCCCCAGAAGCAGGAAAGGGGCCAACCAAUAAAGAUGCCACGCAUCUUUAAGGAGAGGAGAAAAACAGGAACUUAGAAACCUGGUCAGGAGGCCCCAUCCUGACCCUGCGCUCUGCAGCCCCUGCAGGGGUCUGCGGUGCAUCUUCACAGAGUCCUGCAGCUUUGGCUAUGGAAGUCAGAUACUGUUUCUAGCCAUCACACUUGAGCUUCCCCAGCCAUGAUGUUUGGGGACCCAGGACUGGCAGUUGAUGUGUCUCUGUGGACCAUUUCACACACAGAGCAGUGUUAUCUCUAAACAACUGGUCUGAGAAGCACAAUUAACUCUGGGCCCUGGCCAUGGCUCGGGUCUCCAGGGAUUGCUCCAGGCAGCUGACUUCAUUCUUGUUUGUGGUUUGUACGGUCAGAACUGGAACCUUCUAUUAAAAUGGAUACACCCUGCAGGCAUGCAUGGGACAAGGCAGCCAGCCCAUCAAGGCUCCAAAGCACUGGGUGUGGAACACCGCAGAGGCUCACCUGUCUUAGGGCUAGAAGUCUCUCAUGUAUUCCUCACCACAGACUUCACAGACUAGCCUCCAACCUCUGCCAUGGCCAGCAUGGCCUUCCCAAAACACUAACAAAAUCCUUUGUGGCUAUAAGUGGUUGGGUCUGGGCAGCUGCCCCAGGGUGUAUGGGGUAUAAUGCCCAGAGGACCUCGAGCAAGCUGUCCAUCAAUUUCUAUGGCCCAGCAUGCCCCUGAGGAAGCCAGAGCUCACAUAAGGCCCCAAACCCCUGGAAAUCUAUCGUCACCCCACAAUGGGGAGGAAGGUGGCCCUGAUGUGACUAUGUGAAUCACCACCACCCACUUGGGGUGUUUCUUGAGUGUCCUAAAAGGCUGAGAUGAGUGGGAUGGACCAAAGGGCCCAGGCUUUCUCAGAGCAAAUGGAACUUCAGAUGAGCAGGCAGUAAGAGGGAAGGCAGUUGCUGCAGUGUGCCUGAGAGGGGUGCUUAGGGCCAGGCCUCCCUGUCCCAUGACCUGCCUGCAAAUCCAGCCUUCCUACCACUCCUUGCCUGUCUGGAACCUAGCUCACAAAGUAUGCAUGAGUCUUGGAGAAGUGUUAUGGGACAGAGUUGGUUGUGAGGACUCGGAAGUUCUGCAGCCUGGGUUGAGAAGCAGGUAGUUUAACCCUGGGCGAGGGUGGCCAGGACUUACCUAGGCUAGGAUCUUAUCAGUGGCCAUCAGUCUGUAGCAGGAGGGGGCUUAGCCUAUCUCCCUGCUCGACCACUUGCCUGGCUGCUGAGCCCAGAGAACAGCAGAGGUGGUCUUCAUCUAGAUGGGACCAAAGUCUUCAAGCCUGCCCUGGAAGGGCUGCCACCUCUGAAGCUCCUUGGGAAAAGCCACCUGACCCAUAUGUGGAUUGGAUGUUUACUGUCUUGUGCACCUACAGCAUGGAAAAACAUUUUCAGUCACCAAUAGUGUGUGUGAGAGGGGUGGGGGGGCUUCUCCCACAGGUAGAGGCAGAUAACUCCAGCUCAGCCUUUUGAUAGCUUCUAAAGAUGCCAAGCCCUGGGACUGGUACUUGGGCCUAGAGGAUUUGUGUGCUGCGAUCAAUAAAAGCCACUUGCACAGCUGGAA